AUGGCAGUCUCACGAAGCACAACACCUUUCCUCACCAAGUACCAGACUGAUGAGCCUGUGCUGCCUUUCAUUGGAAACAACCUGGCUGACCUGCUGAAGAUGAGACAGAGCCACAAGGAGAAGUUGGCUGAGCUCAAGAAUCUGGAUGAACAGAUUGUGGCCAAGGGAGCAGAGCUCCGGAAACUGUAUGAUGGUGGUGGCUUUGAAGCAUGUAGGGACAGCAACCUGGCUCAAGGAGGUGUUGAAGAUGUUCUGCACAUUCUUCCAGCACAUAACCAGGCGUUUGGCUUUCCUGAUUCCACAGGACAGGAUGGCUCUGACUGUUCUCAGUUCAGCUGCGUCACCAGUUCUGAAGGCAGUGUUCCAGGUCCUCAGCAGUCUGUGAACCUCCCCUGGUUAGCGCUGAUGGACGCCCAGGAUCACAAAUCCUUAGCUGGGACAGGACCUCUGUCCAGGCUGUCCAACAUGAUGCACUCUGGGAGGAGCAGUGUUGGCCCUGCAGAGUCCAGCCUCAGCAGCCAGAGGACAAAGGACAGACAAGAUAAAACAUGUUCACCUCACCUGUCUCUGUUUAACAUUUACAGCAAAAAAGAUGAGAAGAAAGACGAACCCAAGAAGGAUGAUAAGAAAGAUGACAAAAAAGAUGAGAAGAAAGAUGAGAAGAAAGAUGAGAAGAAAGAUGACAAGAAAGAUGACAAGAAAGAUGACAAAAAGGAUGACAAAAAGGAUGACAAGAAGGAAGAGCCAAAGGAAGUGUGGAUCAUGGAUCCCGCCACAGAUAUGUACUACUACUGGCUGUGCACAAUAUCUGUCCCAGUGUUCUACAACCUGAUGUUGCUGGUGGCCAGGGCUUGUUUUAAUGAAUUACAGUAUAAAAAUACAACACUGUGGUUGGUUUUGGACCACAUCUCAGAUGUCCUCUACUACAUUGACACCUUUGUGAGAGCUAGAACAGGUUUUCUGGAGCAAGGGCUGCUAGUAAGGGAUGAGAAGGUCCUGAAAGAAAAAUAUAUGAAAACACAACAGUUCAAAAUGGACGUCAUAAGUAUCUUUCCCACUGAUAUUAUAUUCUUCGCAAUUGGAAUUGACAACCCAGAGUGGAGGUUCAACCGUCUCUUUAAGUUAGCGCGACUCUUUGAGUUCUUUGACCGGACUGAAACUCGAACCAAUUUCCCUAACAUCUUCCGAAUUGGUAACCUUGUACUUUAUAUCAUCAUCAUUAUCCACUGGAAUGCUUGCCUCUACUUUGCCAUCUCCAAGGUGCUUGGAUUUGGCUCAGACACAUGGGUAUAUCCAGGCCCAAAGAAUCCUGAGUUUUCUCGACUGGCCAGGCAAUAUAUCUAUUGCUUUUACUGGUCCACACUUACCCUGACCACUAUUGGUGAGACACCGCCCCCAGUUCGAGACAUUGAAUACUUUUUUGUUGUAGCUGACUUCCUCACUGGGGUUCUGAUCUUUGCUACAAUUGUAGGCAAUGUUGGUGCCAUGAUUUCCAACAUGAAUGCUGCACGUGUAGAGUUCCAGGCUAAGAUUGACUCCAUCAAGCAGUACAUGCAAUUUCGGAAGGUCACCAAAGACCUGGAGGUAAGGGUGGUAAAGUGGUUUGACUACCUCUGGACAGAGGAGAAAACAUGUGAUGAAAAGCUGGUGCUGAAGAACCUUCCAGACAAGCUAAAGGCUGAGAUUGCCAUCAAUGUACAUCUGGAGACCCUAAGAAAAGUGCGCAUUUUUCAAGACUGUGAAGCAGGUUUACUUGUUGAGUUGGUUCUCAAGCUUCAGCCUCAAGUUUUCAGUCCUGGCGACUACAUCUGUAAGAAGGGUGACAUCGGCAGGGAAAUGUACAUCAUCAAAGAAGGAAAGCUGGCUGUAGUAGCAGAUGACGGGGUUACCCAGUUUGUGGUCCUCAGUGAUGGGGCAUACUUUGGGGAAAUUAGCAUUCUUGGUAUCAAGGGCAGUAAGGCAGGUAACCGGAGAACGGCCAAUAUCCGAAGUGUGGGCUACUCUGACCUGUUUGCCUUGUCCAAGGACGAUCUGAUGGAGGCACUCAUUGAGUAUCCUGAUGCUAAAUAUGCCCUGGAGGAUAAGGGGAGGGCCAUCCUUAUGAAAGAUAACCUCAUAGAUGAGUCGCUGGUCAAUGCUACUGAUGCCAAAGACUUGGAGGACAAAGUCAAUCAGAUUGAAGCCAGUUAUGAAGUCAUGUCGCUUAAAUUUCGAAAGCUAACAGAACAGUAUGAAUCCUCCCAGCGGAAACUCAAGCAACGGCUCAGUAAUAUGUCAAACCAGGUUCGCACUCUCAGAGUGGACAAUGAGUAGAGCUUGCCUUGGCACUACUACUGCCAGGCCUAGGGACUUUUCCACUAAAGGACUUCUCACAGUACUGAAGGACUCUUUGUACACACUAGUGUCCACCAAAUGUGUCAUGCCCAGCAGCUGGUUAGCGUUUGUCUCCAUUCAUCAUUCCUAUACACAGUAAAAUAGUAUGGUUUCCUUGAAAGUUGACCAUUUUCAUAAACCAAUAAUUAAAAAAAAAAAAAAUGUUUAUACUGAACAUCAAAAAGUAUCAUUUUGGUCUGAUAAAUACCAAAAAUAACACAUUCCCACAUACAACUGCCCAAAUUAACAAGUGUCUAUAUUUGUUUGGCAAAAAAGUAAUUUACUGUACUUCUUCAUUGACAUUUUAGGAGGAUUUCCAACACUUCCUCCAGAUAUAUAUAAUAUUUCCUGGAUCAACUGUUUGAAUUGAAAAGUAAAUAGACAAGAAGCUUUUUGAAAUUAUGGCAUAAUUCUGCUGAGAUGCUCAGUUGUAAAAUUAUUUUCAAAUGUUUAUAAUAAAGGUUGCAUAUUUUUACUAUGUCCAUUACAGUCUUAUUACAUCAUGGGAAAGUAUGGACUGUAUCUUGAUUUGAGCAAGAUGGUGUUGCUUUACUUUCAGGUCGGGUGAUAAUCAAUUAAA